AUGAAGUUUAUCGCAGCAUUAAUUGUCGUACAGAGUUGCAGAUGGGUAUUAUGUCGAGGGGAAGAGGGUGACCAGGGAGGAGCCGGAGCUUCAGGCUAUUCCGGUAAUCUUCGGCAAGGGAACACAGAGGAUGAUCCAGGGGCUGAUGGUUAUGGAGCGUCGGUAGAUGAUGUGAGAUCAGCACUUAUCACGCCUGUGACCCUAGAUCUUACUGCUCAAGAGACAGAGGACAUUCUAAAGCAGACGAGAUACGCCGGAAGAACUGAAAUUAGCGAUUAUACUAUAUACACAGAUAUGCCUAUUGUGAAAGUUGUUGAUGGAGAUAAGACUGUAUGGGUCGGAAAUGUGGACUAUCCAUGCACAAGCGCCAAGUUGGUCUCAAGAGGUCGUGACUACAAAAGCUUGGUUCUAUUCGUUGGAAGCGGUUAUAAUGCCGAGUACAAGUACUUUGACAUGGUAGAAAAUACCUGGAGGGAACUUAGUGAAGAGGAGAAGGAGGAGCGUAUCGGCAAAAAGAAGAGCACAAAAAUUCCUCUUUCCGAAGACACAAAGCCGAAGACGGAUUCAUCUUUCGUCCUAGAUAUAGAACAUCCAGAUACAACAAAGAUUGAAAUUGAUCAGAGUACAAAUAAUGGAGUUACUAGAAAGACAUACAAGGAUAUUGAAGGCUCAAAGAUGGUCUAUGGUUCAGGAAUUACUUCCGUCGUUUCCGGUACAUUCACGUUUUGGACCAAGGGGGAGUUUGAAGUUUUAAAGAAAUGUGACGAGUUUUUCGAUGCCACAAGGCGACUAGUUUAUAUACGUGUCAACAGCUUUGGAUUGACAAAGCGCUUCUGUUUUGAGAAUGAUGGCAGAGGAUGGAAGAAUAUUGACAGACAAGAGCUCAAGAGUAAGCUUAAGGAGAUGGAAAAGGAUCAGGAAGAUCCAUACUUGGUUGAAACUCAGACGAAUGAGACUUCAGAUUUACUUACUGCUGUCGAUGACAGCAACCUGUUGUCAACCGCAAGGAAGUUGGCAAACGGAUUGUUAUCUGGCGCAGACAUAAACCCAGAUAUACCAGCUGUAAAUAGAUCAGAGGAAGUUACAAAUGGCCUUGGUGAGAAGACUGUUGCUAAUGAGAAUAAAGAGAUAGAAAAGGUUUCUGGUUUCUACACGUCUUCAAUCACGCUUUUUAUGGUCACGGUUGCCCUGUAUUCAUUCACUGGUCUUUAA